UCACACGAGGCGCAAAGCGGUACGGAAAGCAGAACACGCGCGCGGCCAGCCUCGACCUGCCGUGAAAAGAACGCCGCCGCGGCCCACGAUACUCGCGAGGAGACUCGACCGUGGUGAAUUCGCGGUGUACGGGACGCGAAACGUGUCGCGCGGCCCUGAACGCCGUGGUUGAUCGUCUGAAACCUGAUCGCCGACGAUCCAGCGUCGGGACCUACCCCAACGCGCUUUCAUAGAAGACAGCAACGGGAUGCAUAAAAAAAAUAGCGCAGCCUGCUGGGCGGCGAUAGAUCGAUCGGACAGCUAGGGGACACCAUAAGCCGAUGGGAGGACGCUAUUGAACGUUUCCCUCGUCACCAUGGAACGGUUCGUCGGCGGCGCGAGUAGGAAUCUGUAACGCCAGGUAUUGAUAAAACGUCGAUGUCCCCAGCUACAAGGUCCAUAGUUACAGCUGGGCUAUAGAUCAAGAGACCAAUCCUAAAAUAUAGGACACGCAGUGUUGUCGAGCACCGUGCACGAUGAUGUAGAUCGCGCCGCGCGACCGGGAUGGACAGACAUAAGAUGUAACGGUGCUGGUAGCCAAGAUUUGUUCGGCGUCAGGAUCCUCUUGGGCGAUCGAGCGAGAAACCGGACAGGAUGCCGAAGCAAGUGCCAGUGGAGGACCUGGUGAUACCGCCGCAGGAUGGCCGGAUAUGUGGCACGAUCUGCAUCUGCCAGAUGACGGCCGUGCUGUCGUCUGUCGCUCUGGUGUACCUGACAGUGGCGAUCUACAUGCCCAGCACCAGGGCGUUCCAAUCGGGAAUCAGCGAGGUACCGGUGAUGUGCACGACGAUACGCGCGAUAAAUGCCGACAUCUGUGAUUGGGGCAGUUGCGGCGAGUGGUGCCUUUCGAAGACCUCCGGCCCCUGCGUACAGAUCCACGUGAACCUACGCAGGAACGGGUCCACGAUUCUCCUAGCCAAUUGCACAAACACCACGAAUAAGACUUGCUACGGUAUCGACCAGGAGAACGCGAAGAAAUCGAAGUGCAUCGCCGACGAAUGUCGCAACCUGACCGGCACCUUCAACUGCUCGAACGGGGUGUGCAUCAACAUCACAGACGCGUUCGAGUGCAUAUUCCAUGACACCGAUCUACCGAUGAAGUGUUCCGGCAGACGCGGCAAGAUAAAUUGCAUAGACAUUGACGGUUUAUUCAAUUGCAACCGCGGCACCUGCGAGCGCAUACGAACGCCUUAUAACUGCGAUCGCAGGUGCGUCGAUAUUCCGACUAGGAACAAGAAUAUGAUCCUGUUGAGCGGUGACAAGGUCUAUCUCAGCCAGUGCGAGAGAGCCAUAGACGUGCUGAGCAAUCGAGAGAUCUGGCAUGAAGACCGAGGCGACAUCAUGAUGGCGUCUUGCUAUGGAAUAUUCAACUCGACACUGGGCGUCGAGGCUGUGGACUGCAUUAACGGCUCUGUCCUCGAGAAGGAUCUUCUCACCGAUCUGACCAACUUUACCUACCUAUCCUAUUUGAAUUUGUACGCUACCAAGCCUCUAGACGAAACUAGAAUGGUCGCUCCGCCCGAGCAAGACUUGAUCAUCGCUAACGAAAGCAGAUUGUUGAUCAACCUUGAAGGCUGCGUGAACACUUUGAGAGACGAAUGCAGGGAUUUCCUGCAUGAAUAUGGGAAAGAUGGUUCCGAUCACAAUGCGCGCGCUAGAUUCCCUUGUUACUAUGCCGAGGGCAAUACAGGGGUGGUGGUGUCCCGGUUCAAUCUGGAGAACACGUACAAGGAGUUCCUGAUCGCGCUGCUGUUGCCCAGCAUAUUGUUCGUAGUUAGUUGUUUGACGCUGAUCUUUUGUCAACGGAGCGUGGUGGUCGGCGACGACGCGAAGAUGAGAUUCAAGGGCACGGCCGGCGCGCUCGCGUCGAUAGAGAAGAGCGAUUCGGGUAACCUAGGGGAUGCUGGCGGAGGAAACUCUGCUAUGGCGCUCUGAGAUCCGUCACGCAUUCCCCUCCUGGAGGAGAGUCCGGCUCGUCAGUCGAUAUUCUCCCUGCGCGGGCAUUAUUAAGGUGUGGGGAGGGGGGGAACGCGUGGUUAAAAUUCUCAUCUUGCAAAAAGCGUAAAAAAGCAAAACACAAAGAAUUUCUGC